AAGAAUGUUCGGCUUUCAAACGAGUUGGAAAAUGGACUAAAAACUCCAAAUGAAAGAAAGCUCACAAUCGAAGGAAACUGUGAUGAAGGCUUAAGCUGGCUGACACAGAGGCCUUGCGAUGGUGGCCACUAGGAUUAUAUUCCUUGUGCUCUGCUUUUAUGUGGAACUUGUUAACAGCGCAUCAAAAGGUAAGAUCAAACGUCAAUCACAAGGAAUAUCAGACUUCAAAAAGGAUUUCAGGAUUUUAUCCAAAGCAGCUCGUUUUCUAAGUGAAGUUACGCAUGCGCAUGAGAAACCAUUAAUAGAGGGAAAAAAGCAACUAAAGCCUAAGAUAAAAGUGCCAUACACGAAACAAAGUAACGUUAAGGGACAGAUUAAUCAAAAAACGAUUGAUAAUCGAUUGAAUUUCUUAAGACUGAAAGCCCUUCAAAUCUCAAAACUCAAUAAGGGAAAGAAGGCGCAUUAUCGCGAGGGAGCAAACUCGAGACCCUCUGGUCCCCCACAUGAUAAUGUGCCGAGGUUCUUUAUUCCGUCUUCAAGGAAGUCACAUAAUGUCCCUUUAAAUACGAACAGUGGUGAAGUUAAAUCAAAUGUUUUGGGAAAAUUUCCUGGCUCAUCGUUUAACGCUAUACCUUCAAAGGAUAAAACAAGAACCAACAUACUCUACGGAAACGGUCGGAAUACUGUCGGGGGCGUUCGGUCUUAUCAACUUCCAAUUCGUAAUGUGUACGGAAAUACUAGAAGGUCAUUCAUUCCUAGAUCGUACCCGAAUGCGUUCGGCAGAAAUCAGCUUUAUCAAAGUCCAUAUUACAGUGCAUAUCCAAACAGUGUGUACCAAGGAAUGAAUAAUAUUGGUAUGAGAAACCUCGUGCCAGUACCUGGAAUGCCUAGGGGUUGGUAUCUGCCAGCCACAUCUGUAGGUACUAAACGGUAUCUGCAAACGAAAGCUUAUCACUAUCGAGAUUGGUCCCGUAAGGGAAUUAUUGCAAAACGAACAAGUGUUAUGGCGUCAAGAAGGCGUUUGGAAAAGGCUAAAGAAAUAGUUCGCAAAAAUACAAAAUUUGUGAGACCUCGCCCUAGCAACAGUUUCUAUGCUAAAGGCUUCUAUGGCAACGGUAACCUAGUCGGCCCACAUAGUACCCGGCAGACAGUGGCACGACCUGCUAUUGGUGGAAAGCCUUUAUAUCUAGGGAAUGUGAGACCAAACUUUGGAGGAAGAAAAAUUGGAAUUGGAAGUGGACCUAAGAAUUUGAAUCCAGCAUCUUUAAAACAAACAUUGACAAGAGGGCUCUUAUCUUCCCCAAAGGAAGCUCUCAAUUCUACUCCUACGCUCUCCAAGAGCGAGGCAAUGCUUCAGUCACUGUUGAAUGGAAAGGUAUUUUAUCUUGGUGGAAAUUCGGCUGGAAAACGCAUCCAGAACUUAUUACUCCACAAUAAGGUCAACCCAGAAGAAAAGUUUGCGAAGAUAAAAGAGAGAAACGAGGUGGAAAAACAAAAAAUGGAGCAAAAUUCUAAAGGAGUUAACGAUCUCAAACCUCCGGAGAAAAGUCUAGAAGAUAAAACCUUAGAGCACUCAAAAGAAGUGAAAAUUAAAUUCCACAAACAGUCUUUUAAAACCAACGAAAAAGAUCCGAUGUUGAGGUUAGAAAAACUUCGUGAUGAGCUGCGCGAGUUGAACCAAAAACGAUCUCUGCGUCCAACAGGAGCUACCAUAAUCAACAAAGCAUCCAAUGAAAGCGAGAUCAUGCCUGUGUUGAGUUACGGAGGUAUGCUUUUCCCUCCCUAUGCCAGAUCUGACGUUCCUCAUGCUGAUAUAAAAAAAGACACGAUAACAAGACCUCCUGUGAAUCCACGAGUUAGGGAUCUAACAAAUGUAGUGGCAGCUGUCAAUCAAGGUAGCAGUCAACAGGUUUUUCAACAAGAUCGUAACCUCUAUCAGAAUCCACCCUGGUAUACGACUACUCCGUCAGCUGCAGGAGUUACGCAGCAGACACAGACAACACCAACACAAUCAUAUCAUACAAGGUACAGGUGGAAUAACCCACUAGGAGGGGUAGAAUAUGCACCACAGCAACAACAAGAUGCCGGGUAUCAACCACGCAAUGAUGUUACUACUCCCACUACUCGAGUACCUACUAGAGCUAGUCAGCUGACACAACAACAACCAACCCCAUUAGCAUCACAAAACCCGUCACUAAGACAACAACAGACACAGCCUCAGCCGCAGAUCCAAAACCAGUCGCCACAGCAACAGACUCAAGGCCAGUCUCCACAACAACAGAUCCAAAACCAGUCGCCUCAGCAACAGACUCAAGGCCAGUCUCCACAACAACAGAUCCANAUCCAAAACCAGUCGCCUCAGCAACAGACUCAAGGCCAGUCUCCACAACAACAGAUCCAAAACCAGUCGCCUCAGCAACAGACUCAAGGGAAGCCAACGGGUGCUGUUACGGAUCAAACCACGCCAGCGAAGCAAUCGAAUUACAGCUAUUACGCUCAGAUUUAUCACGAUGUGGUCAAUGCCAAACCAACAUCUGUCAAUACGUAUAAGAUUUCUGACAAACAAUCAACCGCAUCGUUUAUGAUGCCUACAGGUGUACCAGUUAAUUCCAGUGGUGAUCCAUUGUUGAAUACAUUUCUAGAUUCGGCGAUUGAAAAUCCUACGAAUACAGGACCUCCUGUGACUGUGGUUUCUACUGCGAGGCAAAACGCGGGAGCUUCGCCUACACUGUCUGCAACAUAUGUUAAAGCUGAUGUUCCUACGACACCAUCUACACAAGCACCUAAGAGCACUUUGCAGUGA